ACGAAAGUGGUGCUUUUGAUGACUGAUAAUGGUGGAUGAUAAUGAAUGAAUAUGGAAACUGGUGCUGAUGGAACCUCUAUUCGUAAGAAGAUCAAUGGGCAACUGGUGAUGACUGACACGCUAGAAGCCAGGACUAUAAAGGCAAAAGAUGUACAGUGGAUGCUAGCACGGAAAGCAGUCAUUGUAAAAGACGAGGCAGUGGAGCUGUGCAAGCAGAGUGGAGGAAAUUUUAAAUACCAGAAGCACGUAAUGGGAUGUUUCAAAAUUGAAUUUGGCCAGUUAAGAGGUAAGACCUUCAAGUGGCUCCUGGAAAAUUCACCUGGUUAUGCUGGGUUUAUUGUGGCUGACACCGAAAAAAAGGAGCCCUCACACAAUGAGGUGUAUGCGAACAAGAAAGCUCUUAAGAAGUAUAUGGAGCUGUUUGAAGAGGGCGUCCAAAUGAUCAAUUCAAAAAGACAGUCUAAGCCAAAAGAAAAGGUGUCCGCUACAUCAGCGGCUUACAAGGAGAUGACAGAUGAAGAACUGCUGAAAGAGGCACAACAAAUUGAAACUGAGAAAGCUUAUGUUGCAGUAGCUAAUCUAUUUAAAGUAACUGUUACUCCAACAUUAUUCUUCAUUAAUAUUAAAACACAGCAAAAAAAACUUUUUAAAUAAAAAAAAAUAUUCUAAUAAACGUGUACACAAUUAAGCAACAAGUUCAAAAUGAAUGUUCGUUUCUAUGUGGGGAAACAGUUAUAUUAAAAGAAUGGCUAAGGUAAGUAUCUUAUAUUAUGGUGAGUGCUUAUAUCGCAGAAGUGUAAGUAUUUGGUGUGUGGCUUUUCUUAACUUUUUACAUAUUCACACUUUUGUUACUAUUCACUAAUGUACUAUAUCUUUAGCGGUGAGUGGCGUACAAUUUAGAGUACAGCAACCCUUAAAGGGGCCUUUUCACAGAUUUUGGCAUUUUUUAACUUAUUCAUUAAAUGCUUUAUAUCGAUAAAUGUAAACAUUGGAUCGUAAAAGCUCCAGUAAAAAAUCAAGAAUAAAAUUUAAAAAAGGAAAAGAACAUUGCCCUGACCAGGUUUCGAACCAGUGACCCCUGGAGUCCUGCCAGAGUCCUGAAGUAAAAACGCUUUAUCCUACUGAGCUAUUCCGCCGUGUACACAUACUGGACGUAUUUUAUACCUUAUUAAGCAAUCUUCGUAGUUUCACAAAAUUCAACGACAAAAACAGAACUCUCCAAAUUAUUCAAUCGUUUCGCGUUGCAACGCUUUAUAAUUUUUAGGUUUUAAAAUCGUCAAAAGAUGCAUAUAAUGGCUAUAUUAGACCAUGGUAAAUGUUCAGUAUUACUGUUUCCUCACAAAUAUCAUAACUUAAACGAAAAUUUGAGAAUCUGAAACAACUUUUUUCAAUUUUGUCAAUUUACCAAAGCGUGAAAAGAUCCCUUUAAUACUAAUUAUUUUCACCUGUCCUUUCUUUCUGCUUCAACAUUGUUUUUUCUCAAACCAAGUGCAUUCCAUGCUUUAAAUGUUUUACUUCUUACAUGUUAUAUGGAUUCUUAACAUCUUUUGCUUUGUAUCUGCUGAGUUAGAAUUUGUCUUUUAUUACUAGUACAUUUAUUUAAUGAAUCGGUGUAGUGUACAAGGCUGUCACUUGACAUCAAAUACUGGAUACAUGUUAGAACAAACAUAAUUUUUAACAAUGUUUUUACAAAAAGUUGUAUAUUGAAUAUGACAAAACAUUAGCAUCCAAUGGUAUAUUAUGUUUUAAGUGUGUGCACAUCCAUUAAAGAGAAUAUAAAGUCAAGUGAGUGCCUUCGUAAGCUUUAGUCAGGUUUUUUGUUUUGUUUGAUGUGUAGAUAUUAAGUAGUCUAUGUUGUUGUAACAGUAAAUGAUUUAUUUCUUACAUAUUAAGAUGAUGUGAUUUCACUUUACAAUAAUGUUUUAAGUUCUUUUUAAAGUAAUGAUAAUAGGUAAAUAAAAUAAUUAUAAAACAUUGUAACAACUAAUGCUGCAAUUGAUUGUAAUGUCUGUUAAGUAAGACAACAAAUUAUUUAUUGUUGGGAAAUUAAAAAGCUCUCUAACAACAAUUAUUAGAUUGCAGAGAAAACAGUAUUCUUCAAUUUUAAUAUAAAUGCCUUCGAAAAUGUUCUGCGACAAUUUCAGAAAAAACAUCCAGCCAAUUAAGUACUAGUUCAACCUCUGCCACAGCAACACAGCCAUUAGAGCAACAACAAAUUCAUUCAUUUGUGAGAUCAAGCACUUCUGUGUAAUAAAAAAACAUCUUGUUCACAGCCAACUGGGAGCAAACGAGCAGUUUCCAGUGCUCCAAGACAGUCAAUCAGAUAAUUGAUGUUUUCAAGUCCUAAAAAAUCACGCAUUGUGGAAAAGACACAUACACUUACUCUUAAUGAGGACAAAGACGCACCUGUUGCCUCAACUACAACUAGCGCUGCGGACACAACCACUUAUAUCACAGGCAAGUAUCCAAUCUUUCAUGAUGGAAGGAAGUCCUACCAAAAGAAGAUCUGCGGUGGAUUUCUAAAGCCCUAUUUACCACCAUUGUAGAGAAAAGAGGUGAACGUGCCCACAUGUUAACUGAAAGAAUUGACAAGAUGUGAUGGUCACCACCAGAACCACCUUUCCUUGUCAACUCCAUACCUUCUGUGGACCAUUACUUUGGACAUCACAUGUUUUUGUGGAUGCCUCACAAAUUAUGACAUGUCUCUUUGAGAUGUCCCCAUGAAGACUGUGAUAACUCCACACUGAAUUCCGCUGGCAUAUACAACAAAUUGCGUACAGUACUGGAUGUCAGAUCUACAUAUUUGCUGGCAUCUGAGAACCUAAUGUGCCCAUCGUGCAAGCGGAAAGUCAUUGCUUGGAGCCAUAACAUAAUAUCACAGCUGGAUAUUGCAAAGCAACAUGUCUUUCCCUGCAUUCUAACAUCAAUGAAGGCCUGCGACAAAAAGUAGUGCGCCUUUUGCGUGAAAGAGGUCUUGGCAACAGCAGUUACCAGAUCCAGAAGAAGUUGCAAGAACAACAUGGCGAGGAUUGGCUUGAAAGAUCAGCUCUCUACCUGAAUGACUGCAACAAGUUGAAGAAAGCUUCUUCUUCUGGACUUAUAAACAAACUUAGUUGCCAAGAUCCACCUGCCAUGCUUCCAGUUCCACAGUUCCGCUGGCUAAUGCAGGUUUACAUACAGGACGUCCUUUGUCGAUUAGAAGAAAGCAAAGCAGCAAUUACUUGCGUAUUUGGGCGCAUCCUCGAAAUGGACUAAACACGGAAGGUUGUUGGCAAGUUAGCUGGCCCUGCGAAAGGCACUGCGUUCUGGGCCACCAACAUUGGCAAUGAGUAUGGACAGGUAUUGAUGUCAGUCAUCACAGCAGCAGAAGGACAUGGCCUUGCAUCAAUGGCUGAGGGAAUCAUGACCCGUUACAGAGAGGCUGGCAUGGAUAUUCCUCCUAUUGUGUAUGUUGACAGAGACUGUUGUGGGACCUCGUCAGUGCGAAACCUGUUUCAUUGUUGGCAAGGUAUUAACAUCAGGUUGGAUAUCUGGCAUUUUAUGCGAAGAAUUUCAGUUGGCUGCUCAACUGAUUCACAUCCUAUGUAUGGUCUUUUCAUGAACCACUUGAGCAGGUGUAUCUUCAUGUGGGACAGCGGUGACCUGGAACUGUUGAAAACAGCAAAACGUCAGGAAUUAGGCCAAAAGCUGAUGUACCCACAAACUGAUGCUGAUCUGGAGAAGUUUAUCUCCAAAAAUGAACUGGCUCUCCACUGAAGGAGAACAACGCGUGGAUCCAAGGAAACAACAGACCUCAUCUUCAAUCUGUUGAAAAGAUACCAGGAUGCCAAGGAUUCACUCGGGGUUCCCCUUCUGCGGUCAACUAUCAUGCAGUCUGUCUGGGAGAAGCAAAAGCAUCACAUCGCCUGCAUACAAGACCCACCUGGUGUCCAGUUAUACAUUCAAACUAGGACACUUAAGAAGGGUAACACUACCCUGCCAAUGUACCGAUGUGCUAGGGGUUCUACCUCGCUGGAAAGUUUCCACCUUCAUCUAGCACGAUUCAUUCCAGGUACUCUUGCCAAUGAGGUCCUGUUUCAGGCCUAUCUUGUUGAAGGCCUGUCAAGAUGGAACCAGAAUAGGGGUGAUAAUGCUGUCUCUGUGGCAAAAGAUGAGCCUCACUGCUAUAGCCAGCAACUGCGUCAUGAAGUAAACAGACUGAGUUCUGAUGUCCUGGGCAAAAAUCUUACCCUCAUACUCAACCCCACGGAAAUAUACUGGGGAAUGUAUUGGUCUUGAUUACCUGCUCAGUCAGACUGGCAAAGCACUUCAGUAUGCUUCCUUCAUCGACAAAUCUAAAGAGACUGAAUUACCUGACUUGCCAGAUGAUACGGAAAUGGUCACUGAAAACACUGAUGACCUAACAUCCAAAGCCCUUACAGCAGCAACAUUACUUGAGGAAGAAAACAGACCAGUUUGACUGGAGGAGACAAGGCCCAUACUGCCCAUUCUCUCUGAGAAAGUAGAGUGUGCAGUCUGAUCCCAUUGUGUGUCCUGCCACUAGUGCACAGAUGAAGCGCCCUGCUCCUGUUCGUAGAAUGCAGCAUUCAACGGCUAAUAAAGGUUCCAUUGCCUCAUGUACUAUGAGUGAAACAGAUGUCGAGGAGCAUCUGCAAUCCGUAGGACCUGACGGGUUACCUGGUUUCUCCGCCAUUCAGGAUUUGGCUGAAUAUCUGGUUGGUCUUGUGUCAGGCAAUGGCUCUCUCACAGCACAACAGGUUCAACAGGUGCUUGACUUGUGGAAAAACUUGUCUCCGUCUGACAAGCUGCGUACUGUCUUUGAGGCUCGAUUUGAUUCACAGCCUGCGCAUCGAUUUCGAGCGCCAAAGACAAAAUCCACUAUAGAACCUGGUGUACAAAGUACGGAGUGCAGCACACGUGCUCCGGAUUCAGUUCCAGCUGCAAAACCUGACUGCAAUCGUUAUGUUGAGGCCGUGGUACAGAGGUUUUUUGCCAUGUUUCCAUGCUACAGGGUUGUUGACAGGCAGACGGUUAAACGGAUGUCCCUCAUCAUGAACGGAUAUAACAAAAUCCGUGGUACAAUCCACAGCAAUGCCAUAGUGAUGAGGGAGACAAAUAUCCAGCUGCCUUUCUUAAACCAGCGUACCUUACAAGCAUGGCAUAAUGAUCUUAUACGAAAGGAAAAUAAAGAUAUGCUUUCUCAAGGCUUGGAAGAGGGCAUGCCAAGAAUGACAGCUGAAAACCCACUUCUACCAGCUGUCAAAUUCCCAUCCACUCUUCAAGUGGGCGAUAUCAACCCCUACAACUUUUCGUCCCUACCCAACACUUCUGGUAGUGUUCAGCCGAAGAAAAGAAAGUUGAAAACUACCAUUAGUCAAUCAGUGCCAACACCAAUUUUGCCAUCAGUGCCAACACCAAUUUUGCCAUCACCAAUCAAACCCCCACUUAUUAUCCCUAUUGCCUCAAACAUAAUGCCUGUGUCGUUACAGCCAGCCAUGCACCGCCAAACACAACGUUACCGACAAAUUAAAAUUAAGGAAGAGGCUGAGGGAAAAGUUUGCAUAUCAUACCACAAGAUUAAACCGGUCAGGAACUGUAAAAAAUGUGGGGAGAUCAUCUCUAUUGACACACAUGUGAAUUUAUGGGGCUCACUAUAUUGUCCUAAAACUGCCAAGGAAACAUUAGAAGAGUUUAAAAAGAGACGUUAUCUUGAACGGUUUCCUGAUAAGAACACAUGAUAACAGCAGUAAAUACUUAUUCAAUUAUUGUGUUAGUGGGUUUUUUGUGUUACCGGUAAAUGUACAACAAUGUCAUUUACAUUUUGUUCUACUGAUAGUGACAGUGACUUUUGUGUACUUACAAAGUGAUUUGUUUGAGUUUCCGCAAAUUACAUUUACAAUUUCUGUGUUUUCACCACUGAUAGUGACAGUGAUUUCUGUGUUUUUUACCACUGAGAGUGACAGUGAUUUCUGUGUAUUUACCACUGAUAGUGAAAAUGAUUUCUGUGUUGAACUACUAAUAGUGAAAUUGAUUUAUGUGUAUUUACCACUGAUAGUUAAA